ACCAACAUGGUUGUGCUUUCAUCAAGUCUACUUUCCUUUGUUUUUUGUCUUCUCGUAACAAUUUUUACAUCUGAAGCCAGCACCGAUACAGAAAUACAAGUACACAAUAAUACACAAAACUACCACUACUGCUGUGAUUUUAAUCACGUUAGAGGAAACUACACAGCCAACAGCACCUAUCACACGAACCUCAACACCCUUUUGUCCACUCUCACUUCUAAUACAGAGAUUGAAUACGGUUUUUACAAUUCCUCACAAGGGGAGAACACUGACAAAGUGUACGCCAUUGGGCUGUGCACAGGUGACAUUAAGCCAGAUGAAUGCCGCAAUUGCCUCAACGGUUCCAGGGCCAAUCUCACAGAGCUCUGUCCAAACCAGAAAGAAGCAAUUGGGUGGUACGAGGAUGAGAAAUGCAUGUUGCGCUACUCAGAUCGCUCAAUAUUGGAUCUCAUGGAAACUGGACCUGCGUUUUAUGCUAACAACAUGGACAACGCAACGGACUUGGAUCAGUUCAAUAAAGAUGUCAACACCUUGCUGGGUAACUUGAAAAACGAAGCUGCAUUAGGUGACUCUCGUCUUAAGUAUGCCGUAGGAAAUACAUCUGGUCCUGAUAAUAAGCUCAUAUAUGGUCUUGUUCAGUGCACACCGGACUUGUCAGGGUCAGAGUGCUUCGAUUGCUUGUCUCAGUCCAUUGAACGUAUCCCGAUAGAUUGCUGUAAAGACAGAAAAGGUGGCAGGGUUGUUAGACCAAGUUGUAAUAUGAGGUUCGAAACCUCCUUUCUCUUCUAUGGAGAUACAGCAUAUGUAUCGCCAACUCCCCCUUCCUCUACCACCACUAACACUACCUCAGAAGUAAAAAGCAACAAGGCAACUAUCAUCGCCAUAGCAAUAGCAGUACCAGUUGUUGUAUUUUUUGCUGUGGUGCUCAUUUUUUUCUUCAUCUGUAUAAGAAUGAGGAAGCCAGGGGAAAAGUUUGAAGCUCAACAAGAAACAUAUGAUGAUGAUGAUGAUAAUGAAAUUGACAUUUCUGAGUCAUUGCAAUUCAGCUUUAACACCAUACGAGAGGCUACAAAUGACUUCUCUGAUUCCAAUAAACUUGGACAAGGCGGAUUUGGGGCUGUUUACAAAGGUAGGCUUAUCAAUGGACAAGAGAUUGCAGUCAAAAGGUUGUCAAGAGAUUCGGGUCAAGGAGAGAGAGAAUUUAAGAAUGAAGUGCUUAUAGUGGCCAAGCUUCAGCACCGAAAUUUAGUUAGGCUACUUGGUUUCUGCUUGGAAGGAAGAGAAAGGCUACUUGUCUAUGAAUUUGUUACUAAUAAAAGCCUUGAUUACUUCAUAUUUGAUCAAACCAAUAGAGCACAACUAGAUUGGGAAAAGCGCUACAAAAUCAUAGCAGGUACUGCUCGAGGUAUUCUCUAUCUCCAUCAGGACUCUCGCUUGCGCGUUAUCCAUCGUGAUCUCAAAGCAAGUAACAUUCUCUUAGACGAAGAUAUGAAUCCUAAGAUAGCCGAUUUUGGCUUGGCAAGAUUGUUUGUUGUGGACCAAACUCAUGCAGAUACAAAUAGAGUUGUUGGAACCUAUGGAUACAUGGCACCUGAGUAUGCAAUGCAUGGCCAGUUUUCAGAGAAGUCAGAUGUUUUUAGUUUUGGUGUAUUGGUUCUUGAGGUUGUAAGUGGCCAGAGAAAUAGUGGCAUUCGUCACGGAGAGAAUAUAGAUGAUCUACUGAGUUUUGCAUGGCGAAGAUGGAAGGAAGGAAGAGCUACAGAUAUCAUAGAUCCCACAGUAAACAGCGGUUCACGGAAUGAAAUAAUGAGAUGCAUCCACAUUGGGUUACUCUGUGUUCAAGACAAUGUAGCUGCCAGACCCACCAUGGCUUCCAUUGUACUCGUUCUUAAUAGCCAUUCUCUCUCUCUCCCACUACCUUUAGAACCUGCAUUUUACCUGGAUAGUAGAACUGGAAACCUUCCAAACAUGCAGCUAUGGGAGCUUAAUUCAGAAACAACAAGAUCAAACGAAUACACAACUAGAUCAGCUCAGGAAUCGGUCAAUGAGGCUUCAGUCACUGAGCCAUAUCCUCGCUAGAUUAAUUUUGAUCAUAGUAGUGAUAGUCAUAAACAUAGUCGAUUCAGAAUAAACAAAUUCAAUUCUUCCGCCAAAGUGCAGUUUAUGGGGACACAUUGAAGUUGUUCUUUCAUAGUCUUGUCUAGACAAACCAAAUGUCCCUUUGUUCAAAGUGAGAUAGAAACUUGUAAUGUCAUACUGAUGCCCACAGUUUGUUUAAAUUAUACAAUGUGAUAUCCUCAUUCCUCAGUUUGUUCUAAUUAUAAAACUUAUAAACUCCUCAAAAUCCUUAUCAAAUAUACUCUUAAUUAGUAUAUUCUACUUGA